CGGAUCUCUUAGUGAAGCUAUCUGAAGCCCAUGUGAAGAUGAUGGAAGCUAGGUAAAGCUGCAUAAAAUAGGACAAAUAUACUUGUAUUGUACAUGGAAAUGACCCAUUUGCGAUACUCUCUGGUGGGUACGACCCUAGUGCAUGUGACCCGACAUUUUCGCGGCCGAGAAGGACUGCCCACUUGGUCCCGCUACGCCGCCCCAGCCGUCGAUUGCGCUGCCGCCCUUUCUUUAUUCGGGGGGACUCAUCCCCCACCCACGGCAAGCACACUCGGUUUCGACGCGAAACAUCAUGAUUCGUUACCGAGAGCUACGGGAAAAGAUCGACAAAAAGAAGGCGGCCACCUGUCAAGCAAGAUAGGUGUUCUCAUCCACCCGAUAAUAAGCUACUGUGAGUCGUCUUUCCGGGAUUUGUGCUUUCAGAGAUUUGAGGAAUGUGACUCCCCCAGCGUGGCAAUUUCCACUGAGGUAACUGUAACUGCUACAACCUGCUCCACAGUCCAAGCAACAUUAGUCCCCACACGCUUCUUUAAAUUUAACUGCACGUGUACGGCUGUCGUCACUCUACUGAUACAUACUGCCAUUAAUCUAUUAUAACUCACCUGC